UGUAAGAGCAGUUGGCAACCAUGCUUAUUGACAACAAUAAGCAGAAGACAAGUUCAAACGAAAACCCACGUUUAUUUACUGAAAGCGGCUAAAGAAUUCGAUUAACAAAGAAGAAAUUUAUAAAGAAAUAAAAGAAAACAAUUAAAUUGCUUUUGAUUGUUCAAUUGAAAACAAGAAAGAAAUCGAACAGGGGAAAAAAAGAAAAUGCAGGAAUAUUGGCAUCAAGGUCACUCAUUAAUAACAAGGAAGUGAAAAAAAAAACUCUCGUUCAUUGAUACAAUAUAAUAAACUCAAAGAUAAAAUGGGAUUUGCGAUAAAUUCAUCAGAUGACAAUGAAUCAGAAAUCGAGGCGAAUUUACCCAUAUCAAAUAUAAAACCAACAAACAUUACAAAUUUCACAAACGAAGAAACGAUUAUUCAUUAUUCUCAGUUAUUUUCUAAUAUUAAUAUUCCUGAAGCACUAAUAAAUGAUAUUGAGACAAAAGAAAAUGAAAUGAAUCAAAAAGACCCAUUAGAUGUUGAAAAUAAUAUUCAAGAGAGCAUUAAUAAGGAAUUGUUUCAAUUCAACAAUAAUGAAGAGGCACUUGAAUUUACAAUUCCUCCACUUGUUGAUAUUAGUUCACCAGAGAAAGAAAUUCCAAAAGCUCCUAAUCUCAUUCCAAUUUCGGCUCUCAAAAAAAAGCCGUCAUUGAGUUUACUUUUUAGAAAUUAUCCAGAUGAUUUGAAUUAUUCGGAUAGCGAAAAUAAGGAUUCAUCGUUACCUAAACUAUUUUUAAGACCCGGUUAUAUGAAUACAGAAAAUGAGACAAUCAAUUCGGAUGUUGCUACAAUAGAUAGUGAUUCAUUCUACAAAAUCGAAAAUUUUUUAAGUUUUUCUAAUCCCACAGAAGCUGAGAAUAAUAAUACUUUUGUCAGUUCUUCGUCAAUGCAAAAUAAUUAUUUACCAUUAAUGAGUCCGACAAAUUUCGAAACAUACAUAGACGAUCAACAAAAUACAAAUUUACAAUGUGAAAAUUUAACAACUAUUUCCUUAGCUGAACCAACGAUUUUAAAUUUAACAUCAAAACCUCUAGACUUGACUCCCGUUACAUUUGAAAAUAAUAAUAUCACUUUCAUUAAUGCAUAUGAUGGAAAAAAAAAAUUUAAAUGCACUUCUUGUCCAUUUGAAACAAAUAAUCAACCUGAACUUAAUUGGCAUCUAAUUUUAACACAUUCCAAUGAAUCUGAAAAUGAUAUUGAAAUGGUGUAUGAAAAAAUAAACAAUACGGAAAAAAUAAUCGAACCAUUUGAUAUGACACAAACUAAACAUAUUCCGGAAAUUAUUAUUGAAGAGAAUUUAGUUUCUGAGAUUUCUAAUUUUCCAAUAAAUGAAGAAGUGGGAAAAUUUGGUCCUUAUGGAAAUCCCGAUAAAAUUUACUAUGUAUGCACAAUUUGCAAAUAUCGACGAGAAUUUAGAACAAUGUAUAAACAAACAAUGAGACAACAUCUUUACAGAGAAUUAAGAUAUUUCAGAUAUCAAUGUCAUGGUUGUGAAUAUAAAUCACUCAACAAGCUGUCUAUGAAACUUCAUUGCAAAAGAACGAAUAAAAUACACAAUGGUCAAAUUGCAAAAUUCUCACCUUUACCAAUAAACAAUGAGAUCGAGAAAUGGGUUUCCAUGGCAUUGAAGUGUCAAACGGAUAAAAUUAAAAACUACGUAGACUCCUUACCUGAAAAUUUAAAUGAAUUGAAAAAAUCUUCAAACAUUUCUAAAUCGCCAAUUAAACAUUCACAAAAUUCCUCAUUGAUUAAUAUUGAUUCAGAGGUCAUUGACAUCAGUGAUGACAAUUAUGAUAAAAUAGAUUAUGUUUUUAAAUGUAAAUAUUGUUGGUUGGAAUUUCAAAGCGAAAAUGAAGUCAUAUUACAUGUGACGGAGCAACACUUGAAGAAAUAACACCUAAAAAUGUAAGUAUCAUGUAUUUAAGAAUUUUCAAAAAAAGUUUUCUUAUAUAUUUUUGUAAUCCAUUAUUAUUAGGAAAAACUAAUUGUUCUGCAAAUGUUUCAUUUAUUAAGUAUAAAAAGUGUUAAUUCCUUUUUAAAAGAGAUUUUAUGUAACUAAAUCAAAUUUAGUUGAUUUUUUUUUCUCAAUAAAGAUGUAAAAUUUCUUUGAAA